CUGUCAAACUUUUAUAGGGAUGGUGAGAAAAGCCCUCGUCCAAUAGGAACGGAGUUGGAUGCAGUUGCAAUUGCCAUUGCUCGUCGUCUGAUAUUCACCGAUUCAAGGCACGAUGGCGAAGCUGAAGAACCAGACAGUCCUUUACAAGCUAUAGUUUAUGCGAAUGACCACGCACGAGACAGUGAAAUACUUUAA